AUGGAAUUUAGUAGAAACGAGAAUGACGAGCUUCGAAGUCCCGAGAUAAUGGCGCGUUCCAUAACGGCGGGAAUGCUUAAGGCGGAUGGUGGUGGUUUGGGGGUGAAAUUUCGCGCUCGAAAACUUUUGCCUUGCACAACUUCUUUCCUUCGCCACCGUGCGCGCUUCGAGAAACUCCCGAGUACGGAUACAAAUACGUACAAGGGAAAUUUCAUCGCAGAUCUGACGAUUGUCCCGGUUCCGGCUGUGUGUCAUAAGUACAUCUCGUACACCUCGACAACCGUCCUGUUUCUUGUGCAAUAUUUCAUCAACAACGAAGGGACAAGACGGUGUAUUCCAAUGGAGUCGGGAAGUCGGAGUUCCGGAAUGGAAGAAGACAGGGCAAAAAGAAGGAGGAAAAUGGCUUUCAAUAUCCCGUAAAAGGAAUCGCAAAAAUUUGGAUAUUAGCUCGCUUCAUGUCGAUGGUAAUCAUAUGUGAGGAGUCGUCGGUCUACAAGGGCUGCGAGAGCGGCAAGGGCAACCAUCACGUGGGAGGAAGAGAGCUGGAAAGGACGACGAGCGAGACGGCGCGGCAGGCCCGGCUUGCCUUUGAGGUCCUGCCAAAGAACAUUCCAUACGAAAAUAAAACAAAUAAAUCGCGUGCUUCAGACGUUUACGUAAUGGGAAACGAAAUAGAAUGUCGAUGCGACGACUUGUUUCUCGCGCUG